AUGGAAAGAUUACCCAUACGAGAAAGCGCGGGCAGCCCGCGACAGCAGGGUCAGAACCAACAGUCUGGUCCACCGCCAGCGCCUCAAGGACCUCCGCAAUUACCCCCGCAGAUGUUCACGACGGCCGCACAAUUGCUUGAUUUGACUGAUAAAAAACUCGUCCUCGUCCUCCGUGAUGGUCGGAAAUUGAUUGGUGUUCUACGAAGUUGGGAUCAAUUCGCAAACCUGGUCCUACAAGACACCGUAGAGAGGAUAUAUUCCGGAAACCUAUACGCCGAAGAACACGUCGGUCUGUACCUGGUCCGCGGCGAGAACGUGUUACUACUCGGCGAAAUUGACCUCGACAAAGAAGACGACCUCCCCGAAACCCUAAUCCAAGUCUCCAUGAAAGAGGUCCGAGAACUUAAAGCCAAAGAAGAAGAAGAGCGCAAAAGAAAAGAUAAAAAGAGCGUAGGGAAGCUGCAAACGCAUGGCUUUGAGCCGGAGCAUAGUGGAGAGGUGCUUUUUUGA